AUGGCAUCGUUUCCUCACGAAGUUCCCACAAUCACCGAAGAGAGGACCGGUUUCGACUUGAAUCUCCAGCAUGGCCACCAGGAUCUGGUUCAAGCUGUAGCCUUCAAUGCCUAUGGCGAUCGCUGUGCAACCGGCUCCGUCGACGGGAAGAUCAAAGUUUUCAACCGUCACAAGGAUGGUGUCUGGCAUCAUUGCGAUACUUGGGGGGCGCAUGGCAGCGAGAUUCUUGAGCUCCAAUGGCUUCCCCCGACCGUAUAUCCGAAUCUCAUCGCAUCUCUCGGGAUAGAAGGCCGCUUCAAGUUAUGGGCCGAAGAUCCAUCUGCUGCUCCAGGCCGUCGCUUCAGCGCCAGCAACCGUGCGACAACAAGCAAAGCCGCAUACGAAAUGCGCUCCUCGAAAUACCCCUACCGCUCGUUUUCCAUGAAGCACAACGAGGAGACAAGGCACACGUACCUUGCCCUUCUCGCCUCCGACGGUCGCCUGAUUGUGUACGAGAAUGAGCAACCUGAAAACAUGUCCGAAUACACCUCGAUAGACGAGUUUAGCAUAUGUCCCAAGCCGAAUCGCGGAGAAGAGGUUAGCUUCAAAGUUCGGUUCGAUUCGAAUCCAGAGCCGUGUUACAGUGCAUUGCGGGCAGGGGUCGCACACGACUCUUUAGGCCUCGUUGUGGCGGGUAUGUCCUCGGUCAAGGUGUAUCGCUCUAGGGACGUGAUCACAACCUCGUACGGCGUCGCUCAAUCACAACGCGAGUUCUAUCUUGCUGUUGACGUUGGUGUCCAUAGAGGCCUUGUACGCGAUAUAGCAUGGGCGCCUGGGAAUAUCCGAGGAUACGACAUUAUUGCGACGGCUUGUCAGGACGGGUUUGUACGCGUAUUCCGCAUAGACACACCCUACUCGUCAGACGAUGGCAAGACAUGGUCAACGGCGGAACUCACGAGACAUGAAAAUCACCAGGCGCAGGCAUUCUCCAACGUAAGCCAGUCCACAGACAACAAGCAGCCUCAAUCAGGUCUCAGUGCCAGUCUAGCUAAGUCUGGCUCGCACGUGGAGAGGCACUUCUCGGGCCAGCCAGGACAAGUGAAGCAUAUUUUCAAAGAAAUCGCCAAGCUGGAUAGCCAUCGUACGCCUGUAUGGCGCGUCGGCUUCGAUGAUGAUGGCCAGAUCUUGGCCAGCACUGGCGACGACGGAAAGCUGGUGUGCUAUCGCCAAACUCCAAACGGCGCCUGGGCAAGAAGUUCUGAGCUGGCUAUGGUGAAAACGAGAAUGGCCCUGCCUUGA